AUGGAUCACACACGAGACCCCUGUCCAUAUGUCAUCCUCAACGACUUUGGUGGUGCUUUCGCCAUGGGGGCGAUAGGGGGUACUAUAUGGCACGGAAUCAAGGGAUUCAGAAACAGCCCCAUGGGCGAGAGACGGAUAGGCGCCAUCACAGCAAUCAAGGCCCGGGCGCCCGUACUCGGUGGCAACUUCGGUGUAUGGGGAGGCCUGUUCUCGACGUUCGACUGCGCAGUCAAGGGUGUGCGCAAGAAGGAGGACCCGUAUAACGCCAUCAUCGCCGGCUUCUUCACGGGAGGCGCGUUGGCCGUUCGAGGAGGUUAUAAGGCGGCGAGAAACGGAGCCAUCGGUUGCGCCGUGCUCCUGGCAGUUAUUGAGGGUGUGGGAAUUGGCUUCCAGAGGAUGCUUGCAGGCUCGACAAAGUUGGAGGUACCACAACCACCUCCUAACGCCGAGCUGAACCUGGCCUAA